ACAGGUUGAUUGCAGGCUCAAGAUGUGGACAAAAUGGCUGGGAAAAGGGAGAAAUUUAGCUGUUUAUCAUGGCGGAAUGUGGGAAGCAUGACAGCAAGAACAUUGUUUUUGUGUAAUAUGACAACAGCAUUUCUGUCUUUAAUUAUUGCAGAGAAAUGUGAAGCCUACGAUGUGAUGUUGAGGCAAAGUCUUGUGCCUGAUGGGCAGCCCCUUGCUAUUAAAUGUUCACUGGAAAAGAGCUUGAAAAGUGGAGACUACAACUUAACAUGGUAUAAAGUUGGUAACCAGACAGCUGUGCCUAGAGACAAACUUUCUAGAAUUCAUCAGCAGAAGAAUUUAAUUUGGUUUCUCCCUGCAAUGUUAGAAGACUCCGGAGAUUAUGAAUGUGUCAUAAGGAAUUUGACAAGCUGUAGGAAAAUGUGUACAAAAGUAACAGUUUUUGAGAGGAUUGAUGGUUUAUGCUUAAAUGAAAAAUUUGCUGUAGAGGAGGUGAUAUUCACAUUAUCAUCUGCAAAGGUGGUGUGUCCACACUUGGAUUAUUUCAGGAAUGAGAAGAAUAUUCAGCCUGUUCAUUGGUAUAAGGACUGCCAGCUGCUGGAAGGGAAAAGGUUUGCCUUCUCAAACAGUGAUCUUAUAAUUUUCAAUGUGACUGUACAUGAUCAAGGAAACUAUACAUGCGAAACAACAUAUACGUACAAUGGAAAACAAUAUAACAUUUCACGAGACAUCAGUCUGACUGUAGAAGUGAGCCCACCAAAAAAGCCCCCAGAAAUAUCUUACCCAAGAAACAACUCCAUUGAAGUGGAACUCGGCUCACAGGUUACAGUGGAUUGCAAUACAACAGGUGCUGAUGGGUAUGAGGUGUUUUGGACAGGCAACGGUGUGUAUAUUGAUGUAUUUUAUAUGAGCAGAAUUUUUGCAAGUCCUUAUGAGGAUGAAACUUCUUAUGAUGGACGCCCUGUGCAUUCUGUGAAGCUAAUAAUUUCAGAAGUGAAUAGUGAAGAUUAUGAACAACCGUUUGUCUGUCAAGCUUCAAAUGCCUUUGGGCAGGUUGCAUCCUAUAUUAUAUUAAAACACAGAGUUCCUGAUCUACAAAGACGGCUGACUGGAGGGCUUGUCUCUUUGUUAAUUUUAACAUUUAUUACUUUAAUAAUCUACAAGAUUUUCAAGAUUGACUUGGUGCUUUGGUACCGUAAUUCUGUCUGUGCCUUUGCAAGUAAGGAAGAUGGGAAAAUUUACGAUGCGUACGUCCUGUACACAAAAAGCAGCGGAGGCAGAAGCUUCUAUCAUCUGGAAACCUUUGUUCGUAGAAUACUUCCUGAUGUUUUAGAACAACAAUGUGGAUAUAAUCUCUUUGUAUUAGGAAGGGAUGAUUUACCGGGAGAAGCUGUGGUCAGUGUUGCUGAUGAAACCCUUAAGCAAAGCAGAAGACUGAUGAUUAUUUUGGGAUCAGAAACAUCUAGUUGCUGCCUGUUAGAAGACACCUCUGAACAACAACUAGCUAUGUAUAAUGCUCUCAUCCGUGAUGGGAUUCAAGUGAUUCUUAUAGAAAUGGAUGAAAUACAGGACUACACAAACAUGCCAGAAUCAAUCAGAUACAUUAAGCAAAAACAUGGAGCUAUCCAAUGGAAAGGGGACUUCUCAGAGAAAUCUUGUUCAGCAAAUACAAGAUUCUGGAAAAAAGUGCGCUAUCAAAUGCCAUCCAGGAAAAAGGUAUCUUACUCUGAAGUGUAUUUGUUGCCCCUAACUUUGAACAAUUCUGCAGCAAAGGGAAGUUAA